AUGACUUUAAUUUCACAGGCAAAAAGCCUCUUUCCACCCUUAAUUCUUUAUCGUAAAAUUUUACGUUCUCAUCGGUCGUUACCACCAUCAUUACGAUCAAUUGGUGAUAAUUAUGUUAAAGCUGAAUUCAGACGUCAUAAGGACAUUACAAACCCUAUUCACAUUGUGGGAUUUCUUGAUCAAUGGCAAGCUUAUUUGGAUGUAUUAGAAACUCAAAUAAAUUCCGCCAAAUCAGAAAAUAUUACAACGUAUGGGAAGAAAAUUGAUUCGGAUAAAUUAGAAAGAUUUAAUGAUCAACAACUUGGUCAAUUAUAUGAGUUGCGAAAAGAAGCUAAAGCUCAUUUGUAA